CGCCGGCCGCCGCCGCACUCCGACAGUCUGCUGUGCGCGUGUUCGUUCUCUCCCUCUGGCACUGUGCGCGUGUUAACCUGCACCCGGACCUGGCCGCGCCUGUCGGGAUAUCCACCGUCUGCUAGCGAUCUCCACUCGAGGCCAAUCAGCUCCCUGACUGAAUACGCUGAGCUACCGUGCCGGCUAUCCACCAAGCUACCGGGGCGGACAACUUUCAGGUCGGGCGCAUGGCGGCAGCGCACGCGGUGCUGCUGCGGUUGCUGGUGGCGUGGGCGCUGCUGGCGGCAGCUGCGUGGGCGGCGGAAGACAGAGGGGGCGAUGGUGGCGGCGGUGGAGGCGGCGGGGGCGGCGGCAGCGGAGGCAGCGCGGACGCGGAGGAGCGGUGGAGCGCGCCGGAGCAGGAGGCGCAGCGGCGCGGCUGGGUGCCGCUGGGGGCGGCCUACCAGCCGGGGGCCGGGCUCCCGCCGCAGCACAGGUUCGUCCCGGCGGUGAGCAGCCAGGAGGAGGCGCUCCUGAGGACGGCGCCGCUGCAGUUCCUGCCGCCACCGCCGCCUCCGCCCCCACGGCAGCAACAGCAGCAGCAGCUGCACGAGGAGGAAGAGGUGCAGCUGCUGUACGUGCCCGUGCAGACGCUGCAGGAACAUGGCCGCCUGCCCCAGCCCCCCCAGCCCCCCCAGCCGCAGCAGCAGCAGCAGAGGCUGCCGGACCCUCAGCAGCAACAGCUGUUCUCCAGGGGCCAGCAGCAGCCCGGGCCCAGGUUCAGACAGCCAGAAUUGCAGCAGCAGCAGCAGCAACAGCAGCAGUACCUGAGGCCUCAGCAGCCGACCCCCGCCCCGCAGCAGCAGUACGUCAAGCCCCAGCAGCCGGCCCCCCAGCAGCGACCACUCGAGACCCCGCAGAGACAGCAGUACUCGAGAGCCCAGCAGGCGGCUGCCCCACAGCUGCAAGCGGAGGCUCAGCAGCAGUACGUGAGGCCGCAGCAGGCCGGAUCCGGGCGGCAGCCGACCGACGGCCAACAGCAGUACGUGAGGUUCCAGCAAGGGAACGGCGGACAGCAGACUGCCGAGCCCCAACAACAGUACGUCAGAUCCCAACAGGUGGGAUCUGCGCGUCAGCAGGCUGACGCUCAACAGCAGUACUCGAGGUCGCAGCAGCCCGGAUCUGGACGACAGCAGGCAGACACUCAGCAACAGUACGUGAGGUCGCAGCAGCUGGGACUGCGGCAACAGCAAACCGACCUCCAGCAGCAGUACGUCAAGUCCCAACUGGCCGGCUCCAAACACCAGCAGUCUGACUUCCAGCAGCAGUAUGUGAAGCCUCAGCAGGCGGUCUCUAGGCAGCAGCAGCAGCAGCAGCAGCUCAACAACCAGCAGCAGUUCUUGCAGACAGAGCAACGACAACAGGCGCACAGGUUCGAGCAAGCCCCACGCACGCGCCAAGAAGGUGCGGCGCAGCAGCGAGAGGAGGCCCGCUUCCGGCAGCAGGCGAGCAGUUCGACGACGACGACGACGACGACGACGACGACGAGCACGACGAAGCCGGCGCCGCACCAGCCGCCGCUGUCGGUCUUCAUGGACGGCGCGGCGUCGGCGUCCUCGGGGCGGCACGACGUGCGGCUGGCGGACGUGGUGGCGGCGCUGCGGCACGCGCAGACCAUCGCCGUGCUGGAGGAGGCGGGCCCGCACGCGCCGCGGGUCUUCGUGGGGCCGUCGACGCUCAGCCCGCCCGACGGCUACGCCAAGUUCGAGCUGCCCUACCUGUCGGCGCUCGAGUCGAACCGCGUGGAGCGCAAAGUGGUGGACGAGCGGCCGCCCUUCUUCGUGGCGCCGCUGAGCUUCAAGCCGCCGCAGGGCUACUCCAAGAUCCCGUUCCCCGCGCCGCACGUCGGCUCCGUCGUGGUCGCCAACGAGCUGAGCCCGGGCCGGCCGGACGCCGCGGCCGGCGAGGCGAAGCGCCAGCUGUCGCAGGGCUACAGCCUGCCCGCCGAGCUGCCGCCCAUCAGCCCGCAGCUGCCGGCGCUCGUCAACUCGCUGGCGCAGCCGCAGCAGCAGCGACCGCAGCAGCAGCCUCAGCAGCCUCAGCAGCAGAGCAACGUGCUGCUGGUGCCCUCCAUCCCCCUGCGCGGCAGCGGCCCGGGCUCCUCUGCGGGGGGCAGACAGUUCGUCUCCACCACUGUCGCGCCUCUCCUCGACGUCCAGCCGGUGUUCCAGCGGGGCAGGCUGCCGGCUGCCGACCAGUCGGGAGGUAGAUUCGUCCAGAAAUCCACGACCGCCUCGCCGCAACAGUACCGACCGCCACCGCAACAGCAACAACCCGGUUCGGCGCAGUCCUCCCAGCUGUCCGGCGAAGAAGUGGAAUACUCGGACGAGCUAGAGUACGAGGACGAGGAGGACGAAGCCGAGAAGGGGAGCCCCUACCAGCAGCCGCAGCAGCAGGCCGGUCAGGUCCGGGGGCAAAACCAGUUCUCGGUCGUGCAGACCAGCCCUUCGCCCGCACCGCAGCAGCCCGUCACCCGACCGCCGACGUUCGUGUCGACCCCGGAACCGGCCGCAGUUUCUGCCAGGGUACCGUACCGACAGCAGCAGAGGACGCAGUCGCGUGACAGCCAGUCGGAUGCGGACCGCCCCGUUAACGACGCGCAGCUCAGACAGCUCACUGCGCAAGGACAUUUCCCGGCUUCGGCCGUGACGAGCCAGCCCGUACAACAGCAGCCGUCGACGACCGUAACUGCGGCACCUGUUGCCGACCUCAGACAACAGUACCAGACACCGAGAGACCAAUACGUCGUGCAGAGAGGCCGACAAGGCCAGAGACCGUCACAGAACGCGUAUCGAGAUAGUACUAACGACGAGUUUGCGAUCAGCACGCAACAGCCCCUCACGCAGUCUGGUGUCCAGCAGCAACAGUUCACCCAGGACGGACAGCAGUACCAGCCAGUAGAGGCGUACCAGUCCAGUGCGGGACUGGGACCUGCGGCACCAUCAACGGCACGCCCUGCCGUCGCAUCUAGUCCGAGGUCUGCUGCCGCUAGAGGCCAGUCGCAGGCAGAAGAGGCGCCACUGUACCUCGUGCCACAGUCCGAUCGCCACUCCGGUCAGAUCUCCAGUACGAGCCGCCCCGUUAGCUCGACAGGCCGGUCUUCUGGUCAGAGGGGUCGCUUCCAGACGAAUGACUUUCCCCAGUUUGUUGCCCCAGAAAACGAACAAUUCUCUGUUAGGGGGCAGGCACAACUGGAGUCUACAACAAUAAAUGCUCAGCCACAAUUGCAGUCACUUCCUCCAGAAGACGGGCAACGCUAUUUCCCUCGAGACGAGGCACCUCCUGAAACUGCUCGCUUCCCAGUUGCACAGACUUUCACUCAGACAGGUGGCGUCAGAUCGAACGCACCCAACACAGCCGACGCUAACGUCGAUUCACAGUACUUUGUUCAAAAUGACCAGUUCGACACGCAGAGAGGCCAACAAGUCUCUGGUGGCCGCUUCCCAGUAGAAUCUUCGUCACCUCAGCCCCAAUCGGUAGCACAGUCAGUGGGCGAACACUCUGCCAACUCAGGACUUCUGCAAGAGCAGCAGCUCUACAAAGAUGACUAUAAUCGUCAGCAACAGCAAAGUGAUGUGCAGCAGCAGCAGUCAUACUUCUCAGUCAAUGGAGGCAGUCUGCAGCCUCAGCAGACCUACGACAUCGGCGGACAAGGACUCCAACAGCCGCUGCUGACACAGCCACAGCUACCGUUCGUAGCAGAAGAGCCAACAUCCACGACUACCACUUCGACAACGACGACUACGACGACGACUACGACACCUGCCCCAACAGCGGCCCCAUCCAGGAGAGGACAGUUCCGCACUCGCCAGAGGCAGAACACGGCCACUUACAACAACGGCUUCGGCAGCACCCAGCAGCGGGAGUCAGCGACGACGACCACCACUACAUUCGCCCCACGAAGGACACAGUCAUCACGUGGGCGCCGUCCAAACCACAGGGGACGCAACGGUUACCAAUCCACCACAACCACAACGUCGACUACGACUACCACGACAGAGUACCCCACAUACGUGUCUGGCAGUCAGCAGCCACAGCUCGAUCCGUACUCAUCUCUUUCGCUGCCACAGCAGCCUUCUCUGGUGGAUGCGUAUCAGCCACAAGGCUCCAGUUCGGCACAAGAGCUGCCACAGAAGCAACCACAGGGAGGUAUCCUGAACCCCCUGGACUUUGCGCCUCCCCAGCCACAGGGUGGAGUUCAGGCAUCCCAAGGCAGUGACGCCUUCUACAGUACAGGUGGGAUAGGGGCGAGCCCAUCACCUCAGCCCGAUGCACCAGUGGUUGGCGCACCUGCUAAUACCAUCAGCUAUCAGCCAGAGCGGCAGCAGUACUCUACGCCGCGCUCUGCAUCUUCCGGCAGGAAUGGGGACAGAGGAGAAGAAACAGGUAAUUUCCAGCAGCAGAGACCAUCUACAUCUGACAGCUCUUCCAGAAGAGGGGGUUCGAAUCGAAACCAGCGCUUUCGAGGGCGAGGCAACAGCAGGUUCCAGGUGCAGCAAGGAGACUAUCAGGAAUUUUCUAGAACUUCAGACACUCAGCGGCGUACGACAACGUCCAGGUCAGUGGAACCGGAAAAUGUGCCGAGCAGAGCUGUCGCCUCUGCAUCUGCUGGGGAAGACCGAUACUCGGGCGCCCCUGUUCAGUACCAAACUUCAACCGAGAGUAUCAUCAUCCCCACAGAGCGUCCUGUAGCAACCUCUCCUUCAUUUGCGUACGAACCCAGCUCCGAAACCUCCAUCAGUCCGUCAGUAGGUAGCAGGCUGUCAGAGUACCAGCCAGCCGACACGUACCAGGGUACUGAGAAACAGACGUACUCACAACCGGAUGGCCAGAGCUCGGCUUACCAGCCCCAAGAGCAGACGCCGUCCAGCCCUCUGUACUCUCCGUCGGGAUACAGCACCACAGAGUCUGCUACGCUGCAGCAGCAGCAGGUGGCAGGGCAAGGCCAAGUGCAGUAUGACAACGUGAGCAGCCAACAAGGCGUACUACUUCCGUCUAUCGAGGAGCCACCAGUGGGGCAGGACCAGUUUCCCAAAUACUCAGCGGUGCAGCGGGGCAGGGGCAGACAGCAGCAGCAGCAGCAGCAGCCACAGCAGCAGCAGCUGGACUCAUUCCCGUUGAUUUCCUACGACGACAACUCAGCCGGCGCGCAACCGCAUCAGCCACCACUGUACAGUGACGCGGCAGAGGGUCAGUACGACCCGUACAGCCGAGCACAGUUCGGCCAAGACGGCCCACUGCAAUACGACGCGACGAGCACGGCAGAAGCCAGCUCGACCAGCACGACCACGACCACCACGACGACCACGACGACGCCUCCGGCACCGCUGUCGGAAGACGAUUUCCGACCGACGCGCGUGAGGAGUCGAACGCGCGGUCGUACGCGUGCCAGGGCGCGCACGCAGACACCUUCGGAGCCCGAAAACUACCCCUCCGCGUUCCCGGCGAGGGCCCCACAGCCGACGUACCAGCCGGAGGCGAGCCCCAGGACCACGUACCAGCCGCCGGUGGCCACCAGGCCGCCGACCACCACUACCACACCCCCGCCCCCGCCCCCGCCGCCCCUCCCGGAGGACGACGAGGACGAGGACUACGGCUUCAUCCGGCCCAUCGAAACGAUCGGGCAGCCGUACCGCGGGGGCGCGGCGCACCAGCCCCUGGUGUCGGCCGGCAGGGCGGCGCUCUACCGGGACGGCGACGACGUGCCGAGGCAGCGGCCGCGCUCUAGGCAGCCCGGCCGGGGGGCGGCGUCGCGGCGCCAGACCACCACGACGGCGGCGCCGCAGCCGGACCGCGUCUACACCGUGCGCCCCACCAGGCGGCCCGUGCAGCCCGUCAAGAUCACCAGCGUGAGAGGCCGCAUCCGCCGCCCCACCACGCCACACUCCGUCCACCACCUCACCACCACCGAGGAGGCCACCGACGCCUACGAGGCGCCCUCGUGGUCGGCGUCGCGCCGGCGCCCCGUGGGCUCGGCGGCGUCGGCCGCGUCUCCGGCUCCCAGCUUUGCCGCCGCGUCCUCGGCGGGAGACGCGCUGGCGCAGCGCGGCCGCCAGCCGCAGCAGCCGCAACAGCCGCAGCAGUACCUGCAGGAGGAGUCGCAGGACAAGCAGCAGCCGCAGCAGCAACCGCAGCAGCAGCUGCCGCCGCUGUCGGACGCGGUGGACGCGCCUCUGGACUACCAGGAGCACCAGCAGCAGCUGCUGGAGGCGGCCGCCUUCCGGCCGUCCGCGCCCGACUACAGCCAGCCGCUGGCGGCCGUGGGCCGCGGCCGCGCCACCUUCGCCCAGGAGCUGGAGGACGGCGGCGCCGAGAGCCAGUGGGCGCCCAGCUUCCCCGUCAACGCGGUGCACCGCCCGCAGCAGCGCCACCGACAGCGCACCCGCCGCCCGCUUCACGCCGCCGACGGCGAGGGCGGGACGGGAGCGCCGCCUCCAGCCGGCCCCACCACAGAGCCUCACUCCGGCGAGGGUAGCACGCGGACCCCUAGCGCGGACCCGCCGGCAAACGGCACCACCGCGGGCUUGCAGGCGGCCGGCUCUAGUGCGGAGCCCCAGGGUCACGCUGCCAGCACGGAGGAGCUGCCGGUGCAGCAGAACGCAACGGCGGCCACCCAGGCGACAGCGGCGGAUGCUGACGUCACACACACGUCCGCCUCUACGUCCACCCCCACAACGACACCCACAUCGCAGAGCACGGCAGCGAGCGCUGCCUCCACGCACAGGCGGGGCAACCGGCGAGGAGCUUGGGUGCGAGUGCGAGCGAAGAAACGACCUCAAGACAUUUUCGAGACGGCCGAGUCGCAGAAUGUGGCUACAGUUGCCAAUAUGAUUGCGGCAGUCAACGAGAAGUCGCCGAAUCUUAACGUAAUUCUGAGCUCUGGCGAGAUCGUGACCAUCGCGGACGCUCCAGAUGCGAACACGAGACACAGUCCUGCGGUUAUUGUGACCGAACCGUCGUGGUACGACGAAGAAAGGCCACUCGCAGAAGAGCCGGCAGAAGUUCCAGCUGGCGGUGAGACUCUGGCACCCGUCUACCUGUGGGAUGUCGCCGACACGUCGCAACCUGACGGCCGUACUUCAACAGGAGAAGGUGCGUCUUCGUCGGAGCGUUUGGACGACAGUGCAGAGACAUCGGGAGCGGAGGUCGCGAGCGGCGAAGAGGUGACAGAGAGGCCCGCUUCCGUAUUGCCGCCGCAGUCUUCGACGCAACCACCGCCGACGGACGCCACAGAAGAGGCUGUCAGCACAGACACGCCGGUACCGACAGUUUCGAUAGGCGGAGCCUCGGGCGAGGAGAGUCACAAGGCAGACGACAGAGCUGUUGCGGAGACACGAGUACCGAGUGAGUCGACUGACGCGAGCGACUGGACCAGAGAGACUCUGCCGUCCGAGGGUGCAACGACCGAGCAGUACACGACAAUAGAGUCGGAGGCGAAGGGCGCGAACACCACGGAGGGCGUCUGGAACCGCGGCGUGCCGCUGUCCAGCCUGGCGCUCACCGACCACAACCUGCGCGGAGUCUCUCUGGAGGACUUCCCGGCGGAGGGGGGGGAUCGGGAGAACGAAGUGCAGGAGGCGGCCGCGCCGCAGCCCGCCAAGGUCCUCCGGACCUCCACCAAGGUCUCGCACGAGACCGAGAUCUGCUACCGGGGGAGGUGCAUCAAGACGAGGACGGCGGAGCCGCAAGAGCGGCUCGUCAGGCGGUGAGCCGCCACCACGCCGCUGUGCGGCGCUCCUUGUCUCGAGACAUUGUGUGUGUAUGUGACCGAACGAGUGUCGUGUUGUGCCUCCAGUGCUGACUGUGUCCACACGUUAUUUAUAUACUGCCUUUUUUUCAACUGACUGAAUAUUUAAUUUGUAAAAAAAAAAUAUUUAAUUCUGAUUUUCAGAAUGAAUAAUUAUCAACAUUUGCUGUACUCGACCGUUAUUCGUACAAAGCACAUUCCACAAGUACAUUUGUACAAAGACGCGCCACCAGUCAUUUUUUACAAGUAAAUUGCUUGGCAGAGUAACUAAUAUGCUCAUGCUGCUUUUUAUUAUCAUCAUUGCAGUCACCUGUAACAAAUUGUAAUGUUGUAAAAAGUAAAUGAAAUACACGAGGUGAAGAAAUUUUA